AUGAACGCGAGGAUACCCGCGAGACGGCUGGCCCAGCCAGCCGUCUCCCUCCCGCUCACGCCCCACCGCACCUUCAUUUCGGACCUCUUCAACCGCUUCCGCAAGCGCGACAAGAACGAAAAGCCCACCAACAACCCCGUCAAGCCGAAAGUCAAGAACCCGCUGCUAGAAAACUACAUGAAGAACAAGCCCGAGCCCAUAACCCAACGGCGGCCCGAGAUGAAGCGCGGCGGCCUGACCCCAGGCUCCAUCUUCGAAGACCAACCCGCAGCACCAACGCCCUCACGCCGCGAGGACACCACCCCCACCGCCAUCGCCGCCCCCGACGAAGCCGACCGCUUCCCCGGCCGCGACCGCAACGCCAUGGCGGCGGCGCUGCACCCGGACCCGCGGGGCGACGCGCGGUGGGCGCGCAAGAUGGUGAUCCGCGAGACGCAGCGGCGCGGGCGCGUGUCGCGCGCGGUGCAGCUGCGCCGGCAGGAGCGCGAGGACCUGGUCAAGAGCCCGCUCAUCAAGACGUCGGUCAAGAAGCUGGUCAAGCUGGCGCACCAGAUCCAGGGCAAGCCCAUCGAGGAGGCCAUCCUGCAGAUGCGCUUCAGCAAGAAGAAGGCCGCCGUCGAGGUGCUCAAGCACCUCGAGUACGCGCGGGAUCACGCCACCGUGGCGAGGGGCAUGGGGUUGGGCGAUGCGGCGGCGGCGGAGGAGGGUGAUGUGGUUGAGCAGAAGCCGGUUGAGAUUGAGCUCAAGGAUGGCUCGAGGAAGGUUGUCAAGGACAAGACGGGCAUCUACGUCGAUCAGGCUUGGGUGGGGAGGGGACCGUAUGGCAAGUCGUAUGAGUUCAGGGCGAGGGGACGUAUUAAUAUCUUGCGGACACCGACGACGAGCAUCUCGGUGGUUCUGAAAGAGGAAGCAACGAGGAUAAGGCAGUCCGAGGAUAUCAAGAAGAAGCGUGACAACCGCAAGCUGUGGACGCAGCUGCCUGACAGGCCCAUUCAGCAGCAGCGCCAGCAUGUGCUGUGGUAA